AUGAGGCUAGGGCUUAGAUACAGUCACUAUUUUGUGGUCCAGCCAACACAUCUAGCCGCUGCUGCAACCCUCAUCGCCAUUAUCACUCACCGUGACCGGAUACGCCGCGUCUUGUCAAGGGCAUCACUCUCAUUGCAAGAUGCUUUGUCAAAUAGCCUCCUUCAAAUCUCCCAAGCAAUUUUUGGCUUCAGAUAUAGCGACAAGAUCGGCGAUCAGCAUAUCCGCCUCCUCCGUCUCCCAGACACAGCCACGGACGCCUCACCAGCCUUCACCCUCCAUACAUUCUCUCUCGACACAUGUCCCCCGUAUCUCGCCAUCUCUUACACCUGGGGUCCGCCCGAGGGCGAUUCUUCAUUCUACACAGAUCAUGACCGACGAUGCAUCCUCCUCAAUGGGAAGCCAUUCCCGGUGUUGCCGAACCUCUGUGACGCAUUGUCCCAGAUGUGUGUUGCCAGACCUGGGCAGUAUCUCUGGGUCGACAGCAUCUGUAUUAACCAGACCAGUCUCUCUGAACGCUCUUCCCAGGUUGCCAUCAUGGACAGCAUCUACAAUAGGACAUUCGAAACCAUGAUAUGGCUAGGUCCUGCGUCAGACAAGACACCACGCGCUAUCGAGGUGGCCCGACAACUAGCAGCAGGCGCAGAGGCCAAGAUCCUUCAGUUAGCUAGGGACCAUUCGUACGGGGACGUCUUCAUCGUUGACGACCCAGAGGUUCUCAAAAGGAAUGGCCUACCACCUCUUACUGCGGACGACUGGGUCGACCUCGGUGACAUCUACACCAGAGCCUGGUUUGGGCGGGUAUGGAUGCUCCAGGAAGUCGCCCUAUCACGCAACCCAACAGUUCUAAUCGGCCACUACGAGGCUCCAUGGGACGUUAUCGCAGACGCUGCUGCCCUCACUGGCAUGUCCCGCGCCACUCUCGGCCUCGUUGUCCUAGGUAACGGGCGUGAGGGCAUUCCCCUAGUUCAAGGCCUCCUCCACGCCAUAAAUCUCCAGAUCGUCCGCCAAUGGAGUCAAGGCGAAGCCAGUCGCUUUAGAGAGGUCCUUCAAAACGUCGACUUUUCCUUUGGAAUCCAUACAAGUCAUCCCUGGAGGAUACUACUGCAACUCUUGCUGGGAAGCAACGGGUCCAAGGCAACAUUCAGAAGAGAUCGUGUCUAUGCCCUCCUUGGCCUCGUAAAUCACAUGGCACGGCUCGAAGGACAACCCCGUCUGAAUCUCAAAGUUGACUACCAUUCGACCGACGAUCAAGUUCUCACAAAUCUUGGAUUCACCUUUUUUCAGGAAACCCAGUCCCUACAUCUCCUCUCCCUCUCCGGCCUCGCCAGCCGUGGCACCAGUUCAAGUUUGCCUACCUGGAUUCCUUCCUUCGAGACAGUCCAUGCUCCCAUCCUCAACCCGAACUACAGUAACCUCCGUCCAUUUGAUGCCUCAGCUGGCCAAGGCGUUGAAUUCACUAUCAAUCAAGACCGUCAUCAUCUACAUGUCAAAACUAUCAGACCUCAUCUAGGCAGCAUUGAAGAGCUCGGCGAAACAUGGUCCGAGAUGCUCCAUGGCAGUCUCAACAAGUCCAUGCAGAUCCUCCUCCACUGCGGUGCAACAUACCUUCCCACUCAGCAACCCAUCGUUGAAGCCUUCUGGCGCACUCUCAUCAUGGACAACGAUUUGUCAUCUCUGAAUCAGAACGCCGAGCCAGGUUCGAGGCCUUGA